UAUCUCAUCAUAAUUUCCAUUUUCUACGGAUUGCCUGUAAUCCAGCUGGUCAUGACAUAUCAGAGGGCUUUGCACGACACGGGUAACGAAGACAUGUGUUACUACAAUUUCGAAUGUGCUCAUCCUCUCGGUUUGUUCACAGCUUUUAAUAACAUCAUUUCCAACAUCGGCUAUGUGAUGUUGGGCCUUCUCUUCCUUGGACUCACUGCACGCCGAGAUCUCAUGUAUCGUCGUUCUCAGAAAUUCAAGACAUCUGAUAACCAGGCUUAUGGAAUACCACAACACUAUGGACUCUUCUAUGCAAUGGGAUUGGCUUUGACAAUGGAGGGUGUGCUUAGUGCAUGCUAUCAUAUCUGCCCUAGUUUCUCCAACUUUCAAUUUGACACUGCGUACAUGUAUAUCUUGGCUUUAAUCCUGAUGCUUAAAAUAUACCAGACAAGACAUCCGGACAUCAACGCAUCCGCCCACUCAGCCUAUAUGGUGAUGGCCAUUGUCAUUUUGGCCGGCGUCACCGGUGUGGUCUAUGGCGGGGAGACUUUUUGGGCAGUUUUCACGAUAGUUUUUUUGACAAUGAGCAUUUGGCUAACUGCCGAGAUCUACUACAUGGGGCAUUGGAGUUUCGACAUUUGUCUUCCGCGUCGACUCUACAACUUAAUACGCUCUGAUGGCAUCCACUACUUGGUGCCGAUGCAUUUAGAGCGCAUGCUCCUUUUACUUGUUGCUAACAUCGUUAAUAUCGGGAUGGCUGUGUUCGGCCUUUUUACGCGGCCUAGAGACUUCUCUUCAUAUCUCCUAUCGAUAUUCAUGAUCAACCUCUUAAUGUAUUACUUUUUCUACGUUAUCAUGAAAUGUCGUUUCCGAGAGCGAUUUCACUGUGUGCCCUUGUUGUUUAUCGUCCUUGCCUGCCUCACAUGGAGCUCCGCUAUUUACUUCUUUCUUCAACACUCAACCACGUGGGAGGUGACGCCGGCGCAAUCUCGUGCGUUGAACCAACCAUGCAUCCUUCUUGGCUUCUACGAUGUUCAUGACGUCUGGCACUUCCUCUCUUCAACUUCUAUGUUUUUCUCAUUUAUGUCAAUCAUGACUCUUGACGACGAUCUAACGGACACACCUAGAAACGCGAUUCCGGUUUUUUGA